CGUCUUUGAACGCACGUCAUACGUCCUUGGCCCUUCGACUUUUCAUUCACCCUGUCGCCCAUCAAUGACAAUAUAGGCUUAGUACCUCAAUACCCACCUCCAAAAUUCUGAAAAACCCAGGAGAAAUAUCAAUCUCCCAGGCAAGAAAUUACAUAGAUGGAGGGUCUUUUGUCCGCUACGGAUCAGCAGAACAUGGUGGCGACCUUUAUGGAAAUCGCAGUCGGCCAAACGGCCGAUACCGCCCGUCAGUUUCUUCAGGCCACUGGCUGGAAGCUUGAGGAAGCUAUUCAACUUUUCUAUGUAGGAAAUGAAGGUGGGUUCGCUUCAGCAUCUGUACAUUCUCCAGCCGUGGCAAGACAAGAUGGUGGAGAUGAUGUACGGGCACCUUUACCUGUGAAACGGGAAGUUCUCUAUGAUAAUCCAAUUCACUAUGGAUCCAGUGGAGUACCAAGAGGGGGAGAUUCAUCCUAUGUAACUCAUUCCGUUGUUCCGUUUCGCAAUUUUGAGGAGGAAAUGAAAUAUCCCGGUGUCUGGGAAGCAGAAAAAGGUUCCUCUUCUUCUGCAGUGGAUAAGACUCAGGAUAAUCUUGCAUCUUUAUAUCGUCCUCCAUUUGCUUUGAUGUUCCAUGGACCUUUUGAAAAGGCAAAAGAUAAUGCAAGGAUGCAGAACAAGUGGCUUCUAGUAAACGUACAGUCUACCAGGGAAUUUAGCUCGCACAUGCUUAACCGUGACACCUGGGCGAAUGAAGCUGCUGCUCAAACCAUAAAGACAAACUUUAUCUUCUGGCAGGUAUAUGAUGACACAGAAGAGGGCAGCAAGGUGUGUACUUACUAUAAGUUAGAUUCUAUCCCUGUUGUUCUCGUAAUUGAUCCAGUAACGGGUCAAAAAAUGCAUUCUUGGCGUGGAAUGGUUCAACCAGAGACCUUACUUGAGGAUCUUUUGCGAUUUAUGGACAACAGCCCAUCAGACCUUCAUGUCACUCAAUCUCACAAACGUCCUAGAGAAAGUUUUCGAGCUCCAACUCAUGUCCAAAGUAUUCCAGGUAAAAGUAUUGUUGAAGAUGAAGAUGAAGAUGAAGAAUUACAGCAUGCAUUGGCAGUCUCUUUGGAGAACAGUAAGGAAUUCAAUGGAGAUAUGAAAGAAGUGAGUCAUGCUAAUGCAGAGGAGAAAGUGCAGAAGCCUGUUUAUUUGCCUUUGCCCGAAGAACCGAAGGGGGAUAAAAGUAUACUUUGCAGGGUUGGUGUCCGUCUUCCUGAUGGGCGUAGAGUUCAGAGAAACUUCUUCCGUACUGACCCAGUUCAGCUUUUGUGGUCAUUCUGCUAUUCUGAGCUGAAAGAAGAUGGCACAAAGUCAUUCCGCCUGACCCAAGCCAUUCCAGGUGCUUCAAAGUCGUUGGAUUUUAAUGAUAAAUCAACUUUUGAAGAGUCGGGGCUUGGAAACUCGAUGGUGUCGGUUACUUGGGAGUGAGUUUUGGUAUAGUAGAGAAAGUGGUGGCUGCCUGCACAGUUAUUUAUUUCUUGUCUUGUCGAUUUUAUUUAUCUAAGCCUAAGGGCUGUUGAAGAAUAUAUGCAGGCAGGCACUGUUGUGGCGUUUUGUAUAUUUUCCUUUUCACUUGCAUUGGAUGAUACUGGAAUUGGAGCUUCAUUCAACUUCUGUCAAAUAUGCCAUCGUAAUCGUGCUGCUUCUAUUUAUUUCUUUGUUUUCUGAAGUCCCAUUCAUGCUUAUUAUUGCUUAUUGGAAACUUUUUCCCUUUUUAGAUGAAAUUUCUUCUCUUUUAUACCUUAUAUGAGCGACAUGUGGCCCUUUUCUUAAGCAUGUAAUUGAAAGAAACGACAUUAUUUCAUAUUUGUUGCUCAAAGAUUAGUUGA